AUGGCUGAGUAUAUGUACAACCUUGGGCUUAAAACAAUCGAAGACUAUGUAAAUUUUUAUAUAUAUAAGGGACAAUACAACUGGAUGAGACAUUGUGCAGAUCAAGUCCUGGAUGAAAUGAUAGAUUUAGCUUUAUCAAAAGACAUAAAAUCAAAUAUUAUUAUUUUUGCCAAGAAUGCAAAGGUUUCGGGUGAUAAAAUAAAUAUUACUACUAUAUGUGACAAAAUACAACAUAAAAAUUUCAAAUGUGGUUGGUGGAAAGUGAUCAACAAUAAACUAAUCUUAUAUAAUCAACGUGUUGUUGAACACGAUGAGAAAAAAGUUUACAAAUUUGAAAUAGACUGGACUAAGAAAACUUCUUGGGUAAGACUCGGUGAUGGUACACUAAAAUAUAGAAAUACUGCACUUAAACCAGUAGAUUACGAGAAAGGUGGCACUAAAGAUGUUGCUCCUAGAAUGAGACUUGUAGAUGAGUUUGAUCCAGAUGUUCAUGAGAUUGACGCGAUGCAUUACUUUAGUAAGGAAAGUACAUUUUUAUCGGUUUGCUUAGGGAUGGAGGUUAAAGCUAUGGAAACGUACAUCAAACAAAAGAUUGACAAAUAUCAUAAUCCUCAAACGUUGUCAAAUUGCAUGAACAAACUAGAUAACGAUUGA